CUACAGUUAAACAGGCAGACCUGAGAAGCAGCAGAUCAGCCCAUAAAGAAGAGUGUGAUCAUUGUCUCUGUAGCAGAGGCAUGGAGAUCUCCAGCACAUCUGCUUUGGUGGUCUUGGUGGUGCUGCUGUUUUUGUUGGUGAGAUGGAGAAGAAAGGCUUACAAUCUUCCCCCAGGGCCGCCGGCUCUGCCUCUAGUUGGCAAUAUCUUGACCAUGGACAGCCGUGCGCCCUUUAAAACCUUCCUGAAGUGGAGUAAGACCUAUGGGCCUGUGAUGACAACAUACUUGGGAGCCCAGAGAACGGUGGUCUUGGUGGGCUAUGAGACAGUCAAGGAGGCACUUGUAGACAAUGCGGACAACUUCGUAGGCAGAGCCCCUGUUCCUUUCAUUCAAAGAGUUUUGAAAGGCUACGGCCUGACUAUCAGUAAUGGUGAACGCUGGCGUCAGCUCCGGAGGUUCACUCUCACCACCCUGAGAGAUUUUGGGAUGGGCCGUAAGAGGAUGGAGGGAUGGAUUCAAGAGGAGAGCAAACACCUCCUGGAUACCUUCAGAGAAACCAAGUCUGCUCCAUUUGACCCCACGUUCUACCUGAGUCGAACCGUGUCCAAUGUGAUCUGUGCGCUGGUGUUUGGUCAGCGCUUCAGCUAUGAUGACAACAACUUCCUCCACCUUCUCCAGGUCAUCUCUGGGGUUCUGCGAUUUGGCAGCAGCUCGUGGGGACAGUUGUACAAUAUCUUCCCGUGGCUGAUUGACCUCCUCCCGGGCAAACAUGUGAACAUCUUCAAGGACUUGGAGGCGCUUCGGGUCUUCGCUAUGAGCAAAGUAGAAAAGCACAAGGAGAAUCUGGACCCCGACAGCCCUCGAGACUUCAUCGACUGCUUCCUCAUCCGACUCAACCAGGAGAAGGGCAUUUCCAAUUCAGAGUUCCACUAUGAAAAUAUGAUAGCUACUGUCCAAAAUUUAUUCCUGGCUGGGACCGAGACCACCAGCACUACUAUCAGAUAUGCUCUGAUGUUACUGAUCAGGCACCCUGAAAUACAAGAGCGCAUGCAGAAAGAAAUUGACACUGUGAUUGGACAAGAGAGAAGCCCCACAAUGGACGACAGGAAGUCCCUCCCAUUCACAGAUGCAGUGAUCCACGAGGUGCAGCGCUACGUGGACCUCGUACCCCUCAAUCUUCCACAUUAUGCCUUACGGGACAUCACAUUUAGAGGAUACACUAUUCCCAAGGACACAGUGAUUCUCCCCAUGCUGCACUCGGUUCUGAGGGAUGAGGCACACUGGGACAGCCCCUGGACUUUUAACCCCAAUCACUUCCUGGACACCAACGGCAACUUUAAGAAGAACCCAGCAUUCCUGCCCUUUUCUGCAGGUAAGCGGUCCUGUGUGGGCGAGUCUCUGGCUCGAAUGGAGCUGUUUAUAUUCCUUGUGUCUCUACUCCAGCAUUUCACCUUCAGCUGCCCUGGUGGGCCAGCCAGCAUGGACACCAGUCCUGAAGUCAGCGGCUUUGCCAACCUGCCCCGCAAAUACCAUCUCAUCGCCACCCCCCGCUGAACAAGGACAGUACUGCGGGCUGCGAGGGCCACAAGAACAUUCCACCCAGACUGAAUCUCAUUAUAAUGUACUUUUCAAUUCACACAGUUAAAUGGAAGAUGCACGUACCCUCUAAUUUUAUCUGAAGUGCAUCCCAGCUCUCCCGCUGAGCAUAUAAUGUGUAAGAAGGCCCAUUCAUGGAGAAAAUUGCUUUAGGGUCUUGAUCAUAUCAGUGGAUUGUAUGUACACCACUUUUUUAUUUCAGUUCUGGUUUCUGCAUCUGAAUAAACCAGUGACCUCAAAGAGA